AUGUCCGACGCGCAAGCGAACGAGGCCGAGAGGAACAUUGAGAUCUGGAAGAUCAAGAAGCUCAUCAAGCGUCUUGAAGCUGCUAGAGGCAAUGGAACCUCCAUGAUUUCCCUCAUCAUUCCUCCAAAGGAUCAGGUCUCCCGUGCAGCCAAGAUGUUGGCUGAAGAAUACGGUACUGCAUCCAACAUCAAGUCGCGAGUUAACCGACAGUCCGUCUUGUCCGCCAUUACCUCGACUCAGAAUCGUUUGAAGCUCUACAACAAAGUCCCACCAAAUGGCUUGGUUAUUUACUGUGGUGAAAUUUUGACCCAGGAAGGAAAGGAGCGAAAGGUCAACAUUGACUUUGAGCCUUUCAAGCCCAUCAACACUUCACUGUAUCUUUGCGACAACAAGUUCCAUACCGAGGCCCUUGCUGAGCUGCUCGAGUCUGAUCAAAAGUUCGGUUUCAUCAUCAUGGAUGGUAAUGGUGCUCUCUUUGGCACUCUGAGCGGAAACACCCGCGACAUUGUCCACAAGUUCUCUGUCGAUCUGCCCAAGAAGCACGGACGUGGUGGUCAGUCUGCUCUGCGUUUCGCCCGUCUUCGUGAGGAGAAGCGUCACAACUAUGUCCGCAAGGUUGCUGAACUCGCCGUGCAAAACUUCAUUACCAACGACAAGGUCAACGUUGCCGGCAUUGUUCUCGCUGGUUCUGCCGAUUUCAAGAAUGACCUCAAUGCCUCCGACAUGUUCGACAACCGUCUCCAGACCAAGGUUAUCAAGGUUGUUGAUGUCUCGUAUGGUGGUGAAAACGGUUUCAACCAGGCCAUCGAGCUGUCUUCCGAGACCCUUGGAAAUGUCAAGUUUAUCCAGGAGAAGAAACUCAUUGGCAAAUACUUUGAAGAAAUUAGCCAGGACACUGGCAAGGUUUGCUACGGUAUCGACGACACUCUCAAGGCUUUGGAGCUUGGUGCCAUUGAAACGCUCAUCAUUUUUGAAAAUUUGGAAAUUACCCGUUGGGUCUUGAAGGAUAGCAAUGGUGAAGAGGUGAUCCUGCACUUUUCAAAGCAGCAGGAACAGGCCAACCGAGACAAGUUCCUGGAUUCUGCCACUGGUCAAGAGAAGGAAAUCGUCUCCCAGGAGUCGUUCCUGGAGUGGAUCGCUGAGCACUACAAGGACUUUGGUGCCAACCUGGAGUUUGUGUCGGAUCGCUCAACUGAGGGCAACCAGUUUGUCAAGGGCUUUGGUGGCAUUGGCGGUAUUCUCCGCUACAAGGUCAACUUUGAGCAGUUGGCUGAUCUUAGUGACGAUGAUGAAUAUUAUGACGAUUGA